GUUACUUUUAGAAUUAUAAUUUUUUUUCGCUAGUUUUUAGCGAAAGUCGAGAACGCAAGCGCCACGCGCAGGAUGCCAAUGCAGCGAGAGAGAAAAAAAAGACGGAAUUAGUUAUUUAUUUAAUAACAAAUAAACUUUUAUGUUUUAGUAAAUAGCAACACAAAUAUCAUAUUCAUUAUAUUUUGUAGAUUAUCAAAAGGAAAUCAUAUAAAAUAACGAUUUAAGAACAUUAAUUUAUCGAAAUGAAUUUUUUAACAUCGAGAUUGUGGAUUUGGAUAUCUAUAUAUUGACCAGUCAGCUUUAGCUUUUUUUUCGUAUCGUUAGAUAAGUUAGGAUGAUUUUUUUAUUUGAAUAUGGGGUAUUGAAGCUCCUCGUGUAGUAUGGACAAUAUGGCGUCAAACGUGUCCGCGAGGAGUAAACAGAGGAAGGAUAAUUUGAUAACGAGGAAACUGGAUAAAAGCCCGGAGAAGACCAUAAGGGGAACGCGGGGGGCGUAUCGAGGGAUCCCGUCGACUUCAAAGAGGGAGGAUGAGAACGAGACAGGGAGCACGGAAAGACUGGACAGGCCAAAGAAGUAUCUGGGGCAGAACAAAGGUGGAUAUGGUUUGGGAAAGAGACCAGACUUCUCCCUUAAGAACAGGAAUGUGCAUUUAGCGUCAUCGAGAUAUGGACAGAUGACAUCAGGCCUUCAUGGCCAUGGGCAUCAGAUUUCGCAGCCGACACACCACCUGGACGCAAACGUUCUACCACCAGCUAAGGAGAAGACUGUGCAUGGCAAAGAGAAGACCUUCAAGGUGGUGGUAGGCGGCGGUGGAGCGGUCGCAGGCGGGGUAGGUGGCGAGGUGGUGCUAGGCGGUGGACUGGCGCGGCCUUACAACGCUCUCGCCAUCAUCCACACGCAGCAGAGCACCACCUUCGACAUGCUCAAUUCGCUCACCACCAGUGUCGCGAACCAAUCAGGCGUGGGCGUUGUCGGCGGUUUUCGGCGCCGAAGCUCCGGCCAGGGCGCCUUGUGCGAUCCCGAACUGGAUGAGAGCGGAAACAAGCUCGUGGCCAGGCUGGAAGACGACCCCUUCCUCUCGGAGCAGGAUCUGGAGGAGAACAUCGAAAUCGCGACGGCGGAGAAGUGCCUGCCGCCCGACGAGGAAGGGGAGGAACAGCCACAGGAAAAACAGAACGGUUACAUAGAGCUGGAUAAACUAAGUCAACUGGAACAACAGCAGGAUAAGCAGAAGCAGGAUAAAGAGGAUGAGGAGGAGCCCAUCGGAGUGUCGCCCUGCGGCAGGUUCUUCAAGUACGACAAAGAAGUCGGCCGCGGGUCUUUCAAGACGGUGUAUCACGGCCUCGACACGCAGACUGGCGUGGCCGUCGCCUGGUGCGAGCUGCUCGAGAAAAAACUAAACAAAACCGAGCGUCUUCGUUUCCGCGAGGAAGCGGACAUGCUGAAGAAGCUGCAACACCCGAACAUCGUGCGGUUCUACAAUUACUGGGAAGGAACUGUUGCUAAGAAAAAGAACAUCGUGCUUAUCACUGAACUUAUGCUCUCUGGGACGCUCAAAGCUUAUCUCCGCCGCUUCAAGCGCAUCAAUCCGAAAGUGCUGAAGUCCUGGUGCCGGCAGAUACUAAAGGGGCUCAACUUCUUGCAUUCGAGAACUCCGCCUAUCAUUCACAGAGAUCUGAAAUGCGACAACAUCUUCAUAACGGGGACGACUGGCAGCGUAAAGAUUGGCGACUUGGGAUUGGCCACGCUCAAGAACCGGAGCUUCGCCAAGUCCGUUAUAGGAACACCGGAGUUCAUGGCACCGGAGAUGUACGAGGAGCACUACGACGAGUCGGUGGACGUGUACGCCUUCGGCAUGUGCAUGCUCGAGAUGGCCACGGGCGAGUACCCGUACAGCGAGUGCAGCGGGCCCGCGCAGAUCUACAAGAAAGUUGUUUCGGGAGUAAAACCUCAGAGUUUGGAGAAAGUCACAAUCCCUGAAGUUCGAGACAUCAUCGAGCAGUGCAUACGGCCGGAUAAGAAGGACAGGCCAAAGGUGAAAGAUCUGUUAAACCACGAGUUCUUCGGCGAGGAUAUCGGCUUGCGGCUGGAGAUUGUCGGUCGAGACGUGGUUACCUCCACAGACGUCAACAAAAUACAGUUCCGAUUGAAGAUCAUCGACCCCAAGAAACGGUCGUACACUCACAAAGAGAACGAAGCGAUCCAGUUCGAAUUCGACAUGGUACAUGACGACUGUGAGGAGGUGGCUAACGACAUGGCCAAAGCCGGCCUCAUCAUGGAGGAGGACGCCAGAAUCGUCUUUAAGCUGCUUAAAUCGCAACUCAUCAGUCUCAACCGUGAGAGGAGCGAGAAGAAAGCUCAGAUGAUGUUCAACCAGGAGCUGAUCAACGAGCAGAAUCGCCAGCAACAAAUACUCCUUGAGCAGCAACUUAGGCAGGUGAAGAUGAUCCAAAAUCAGCAGCAAGUAGGCCCUGUGGAUCAAGUCAAAGCUAGUCUUCUCAACGGCGUCGGCUCGGCCGCGCCGGUCCUAUCAGCGACGCAGCUAGAUCAGCAGUCACAGUUCCUUCAAGCUCAACAGCAAUUAUUACAACAUCAGUUUCAACAGUUUAACCAAGAAGAGAAAGCCAUGAAGCUCUUCCAACACAACCUCAUCCAAGCUCGAAUUUCGCCCUCCCUCACCCCAGAUCAACAAUUAUUCCAACAACAACAAGUUUUUCUAGAACAGAACCUUCUUAAUCAACAGCAGAUCCUAGAACAGACAGUUCAAGGACAAAUAAUAGAGCAACAGCAGAAUCUUCUUGAACAAAUCCCUUCCCAAACUCAGCUCCAACCAAACACUCUCUUAAAUCAACAAAUAGCUAACGAAAUCAGUAACCAAAACCAGGUACUACAGCAGCAAAUUAUACAGCAACAGCAAAAUAUUAUUGUCCAGCAAGCUGCAGCGAUACAGCAGAAACAGCUAGAGGAGCAAAUAGCCGCGCAAGAUAACAUCCCGCAACCGAAUCUCAUCACUGGUCAGAUUUUAGAUCCGUCAUUACAAAAUUUACAAAACAUUUUAGCCCAAAUUAUCCAUAGGCCAGAUUCAAUACAGUCAAGAAAAGAAUCUGAAUCUGAAACCCAACAACAACAACCGCAGCAACAAAUUAUGUCGUUCCAACAACAAGAAAAUGUUGAUGUUCAGCAACACCAACAACAACAGCAACUGAGUCAAGAACAGGAGUUGCAACAGAAAAUGCAGAAUUUGAUGCAAGUGCAGCAAGCUAGUCAGAAUUAUCAACAACAACAGUUUAUGCAACCAAAUAUUCUUCAUGCUGUUGACCCCACGUUAUUAGCUCAACAACAACAGGUGGCCCAGGCACAACAGCAAGUCGCGCAAGCACAGCAGCAACUCAACAUGCAAAAACAGAUGUUAGCGCAACAACAACUAGUCCUACAACAGCAAAUGAUUACGCACCAACAAAUGCAAAUACCUGGGCAGACGUUAUCUCCACAGCACAUCCGAAAUUUGCAACAACAACAGUAUUUGGCGCAACAGGAGAUGCAACUUCAGUCUCAACAAAACAUUGUCGAUAAGCAGAAUUUAGCAUUACUAGCCCAAAAGCAGCAAUUAAUGGGGCAACAGCAACAGAAAGUUGAAGAGAUGUUGCGGUCGCAGCGACCGGUGUACCAAAGGCAAGCUUCAGAGCAGAGUCAGAUAAGCAGCACUGAUAUUCACGACCAACAGCAAACUAUAAUCCCUGAUUACCAGCAACAAAAGCCUCCACUGCAGCAACAAAUGUCAGUAGACCAGCAUCAAUACUUACAAAUGCAAAAGCUGGAAGAUUACCAUCAGAUGCAGCAAUUGCAAGGGCAGUCACUGCCACAUAACAUGAUGGCUUUGAACAUGAGCGUUCUACAACAGAGCGAUAGGCAGGUUUCUAGUCAUGAAGGCACUCCGGUGCAGAAUUACUCUGUCAAUCCUCUGCAGAUUUACCAGCAAGCGCAAAGUCAGCCUAUGCCACAAUUAGUGCAAAACAUGCAGUCCGUACCUUCUUCCAUGCCCCAAGUUGCGCAAUCAAUGCCGCAAGAGCAAAUCAUGACGUCUGUCCCUCAACCAGCACCUCAGGUACCCCAAUCCAUACCGCAAUCGGUACCUCAAAUACAACCCACACAAGCGCCUCAAUCGGUUCCUCAGCCUACUCAGUCGUUACCGCAGCCUGUUCAAUCGAUACCCCAACCAGUCCAGUCUAUGCCUCAACCGGUCCAAUCUAUGCCUCAACCCGUGCAAUCAAUUCCUCAAUCUCAAACUAUGCAGAUUAUUUCAAUUCCUCAAUCCGUUUCGUUAAUCCCUCAAGCGAUUCAAUCGGUACCGCAAUCCGCGCCUCAAACGUUAUCAUCUGUACCACAAUCUACUCCAAUGGCGCAAGAAGCACCACAGCAGUUGAACAUACCAUCGGAACAGGAUAAUGGCUACCAUAGUAACGGACAAAAGGAGCAGUUUUUGACUCCUCUAAAUGAGUUCCCUUCAGGAGCGACACACGUUGAGGCUAUCAAACAUCCAGAGUUAAGCUCUGUUGAGGAGAAGCAGGCAGAAAAUCAGCAAGAUGUCGGAACUGCAGUACCAUCACCAAUAACAAGCGAUAAGAAGUCGCGUGGUUCAAAAAAGCGUUCGAGAGAAAAGGACAAAUUUCCCAAACUAACGGUGCUAGAACGAGACGCCGAUACUCCGCCAACCACGGUGCAAUGUCAGUUGGAGUCCAAGACCAAGACUGUGCAAUUCAAGUUUGACGUCACUGAUGUUAACCCUGAAGAGAUUGCUAGUAAUUUGGUGUCAAACAAUCUUUUACCGGAGUGGCAGUCGGCGAUGUUCAUCGAGCUGAUUAAAGACAUCGUGAACCAGGUGCUGUCCAACCCCGGCGCCGUACCCGUUUUCAGCGCGCCCACGCACUCCACCAUUCGCCUGCACAUCGAUAAGACUGACUACGAUUCUGAAACGACGGAGCGCGAAGAAAAUCUGACAGAUUCGAAUCAAGAUAAUUCUGAAUGCACGACACCUACGCACUCACACGACAAUAUCCCCGCCGAUCUUGCAUUGGACCCCCCCUCUGGUGCGCCACCCACCGGCAUGCCAGAUGUGACCCCUCAACCGGAAGCAGGACUCCCAGAACCGGUUGUAGUGAAACCUACACAUAUAGAAACUAUUUCAAGGAAGAUUAGCACUGCUUCUUCUAUAGGUUCAAAUCAAUCCGACGGGGGAUCAGCGCCGCAAGAUAGAUCAAGCAGCACAGAAUCACAGAACGGCGAAAAGAAACACCAGAAACCGUCGCGGAAGAUUUCCAGAUUUCUAGUCAGCCCAGUUGUGGACCGGGGCGAGGAGUCCCAGGAGAAAGCUGUGGUCACCGAAGAAAAGAAGACAGAAGCCAAAGUUGAAACACAGGUUAAUGGCCUUCAAGAGACUCCACAAGAAUAUGUUCCUACGCACCAGUAUUCUGCCUCGUCGCAAGCGUCACACGCGCCUCAAACGCUCACCGACCAUAUACCCAUAAUCCCAGAAAUACCCAUGACCAUACCCUCUAUACCCGUAGUCAAUCAACCCGUGCCUCAGAAUUUACCCACUUUACAAAGUAUGAAUCCUAUAUUAAAUUCUACGUUACAAAAUAAUAUAAAUUUAACAACACCGCUGCAAAUAGCUACUGAUACUACUCCCAUUUUGGGGUUAAGUCAAGUGGGGACACCAAUGGGUGGCGACUUGGGGUUGGGUGUGGGUCUGCCUAUGGGUGUUGACCCUGUGCUGAGGUUUUCGGCGCAACAGAACCUGACGCCGGCACCUGGCGUGACGGACGGCCUGGCCAAUGCCGAGAAUAUACAGCGGAUGUUGCUUAAACAGAAUAUUAUGAACCAACAACAAAACCUAUCAGGCGGCAAUCUUCUUGGCUUACUAAACCAGCCGCAGUUCCCGCAGCCUGACCUCGGUCUCUCCAACACGCUCCUUAACAACACGCCACAAGCGUGCGCAGGAGUUGCGAUGGCCGGUUGCCGCCUGCCGCAGCCGCAGUACGCGCCGAAGUAUUACCAGCCCAUGCUCGCUACGGCUAAUGAUUUUAUUGUGCAACAACAAGCCUUCCAAAACCAGUUAAACGCUCAGUCCGCCGUGGGUCCACUUGGCUUGGGUCUGGGCCUCGGCGCACCACUACAACCGGCCCUGCCACCAUCGCUGUUGCAGCAGCAAAACAUGCUGGGAGCUCAGAACUUGGCUCUUAAUCAAAAUUUGAUGGGUCAUAAUUUGGGCCAAAAUCUUGGUCUAGCAACCCAAAAUUUAGGCCUAGGCGGUCAGAAUCUCAUCGGCACUCAAAACUUGGGUCUUGCGAGUCAGAAUUUAGGUCUGGCCAGCCAGAACUUAGGACUGGUGGGGCAGAACCUCGGCCAGUUGGUAGCCCAGCGCGCGGUGCAUCACGCUCUGGCAAGGAGAGCGGUCGAUAUGGAGAUGGCUGGUAUGACAAGUGUGGACAGCGCCACUACUUCUCAGCCAUCGACGCCAAACAAAUCGCAGUCUUACAGCGAGUACAUGCUCUCUCUACAUCACAAACUCGCUUCUAUCUCGAAUUCCGGUCCAGUGUCUCCGCAAUCUCCGCUUGAAUAUAGUCCUGCAUUGUCACCAACACACAGGAGUAUGGUGCAACAUAAGUCGGAGGGCGUGGAGGUGCCCGAAGGCGGAGAAAAGGCACGUCACGUGGCAGCGCUUGCUGACCUCGACCAUGAACUCAGCAAAAUCUCGCUGCACUACAAGCACGCACCGCCCAAGGACGUGUACAUUGGUCACGUUGCGGAAGAGCACGAAAUGUUAUCUGCGGCCGUCAACGACAGCGCAGUUAAUACUUACGAAGAGCUGGGCGUGGCUGGAGAGGGCUCCCGCUGGGUGGUGUCCCGCGCACAGCCCUGCCGGCCUUACGCGCUAUGCCGGUUGCUACCCAACCCCCACGACCACUCGAAAGAGAAACUGGACAUUCUGUCUCAAACACACACGUACCCUACGGACAACGCUGACGAGUUGUCGUGCGCUGACAACAACUCCUCCUACGAGGAGGCGUCGGCCGGCGGAGGAGGGGGAGAGACCUACGUCAUUACGGACACGGGUCGAGCGCGGACGUAUCUCGUCAGCGACGCCUUGGGUGACAACGUCGCCACCAUUAUCGAUCCUAGUCGACCGCUUGAGGCGGAACCUGAAAAACCCAUAGAGGCGGAAGAUCAAGAGCGCAGCUAUUUGAUAGUGGACCCCCUCCGCGAUAUGACCUGCACGGUGCUGGAACGAACGCUUGACCUCGCCGCUGAUGACGGCUUUAGCGACUUCAUCGAGGGAAAGUUCCAGGCUACACGUGCGCCUGUUGCGAGCCGCUAA